UUCAUAUAAGUAACGAGGAAUCGUUUGAGCCCCGAAUUGUUGCAAAGUAAUAAUUUUCAACAUUUACGGACGCCAGCUUCACAAGUCUCAGAACUGCUUUAAGAUGCAAAACUAGUUUCAGGACCAGUCGACCUGGUUUUCUUCAUCUACACGUCAACAGGUCUAGGGUGAAAGUUGGUAUUCUCAGCUAUAGAAGAAUUAUUAAAAAUUGGAGUCAUUAUUUCAUUCAUUGUUAAAUUUCACGAAAUGCCUCGUAUACCAUUGCAUUUAGCAUCUGGAACAGGAGUUAUAAUCAAAAGUAGAACAAAAUCUAUUAGAUUCGUGAGAUAUGGUUGCAGUAAUAGGCCUUUUUACCACAUCAUUGUGAUAGAUGACAAAUGUGCUAAAAAACAGCCACCGAUUGAGCAGCUUGGCAGUUAUGACCCAUCCCCUAAUUUUCUUAAUGAAAAACUUGUAGCUCUCAACUUCGAAAGAGUGCAGCAUUGGAUUGGCCAAGGAGCGAAAGUUUCUCGCCCACUUUUAGAAAUUCUAGGCCUUGCUGGAAUUUUACCUAUACAUCCAAGAACAUAUAUGAGAGCUUGGAGAAAUCGACCUGUGUAGAAGAAAUGGAAUUUACAAAAACUUUUUUACUUUUAUUUGUUGUAUAGUAUUGUUUUAAAUUUGAUUUUAAAUUACUUUUUUUAUCUUUACUAUGUGUGGUAAAAGUAUUUUGAUUUUUUUAAAUCAAAGUUUUGAAUGAGUAUCAGAAUUUUAUCAAUGUAUAAAAAUAAGUCGUAUUUAUCAUACAAAAGAUCCUCUGGGCCUAAAGUACCUUCUGCUUACGGUGCAAAGUGAUUUACCUAAAAUCAAAAUUUAUAAACUUUUUCAUUUAUUUGGGAAAUUUAAAACUUACCAUGAAAACAACUUGAUUGGUAUGUUCAUAUGGCCGAUUUUUAAUAAUUAACGACAAAUCACAAGAUGUACAGGAAUAAUUAUGUAUAUUGAAUUACUUAUACUAAACACGGUAACGUAAGUUUAAUAUAUAAUAAGUAUGCUACCAUCUUAACCAACAACCCAUUCCAAAAAUUUUCAUUAUAGUUAAUACUUAAAUAGAACAACUUGUCUGAGCUUUUCUGCCCAUCGUUAACUUACAGUUUAGCCAUCAACAUUACUACGAACAAUGAGCAAGUAAAAAUUUUUUCUAUAUUGUUACGGUUAAUUUUUCCAUAAAUUUUUGUAAAAAGUUAC